AUUUUUACGUGGCAAUUAUUCUCGAAGUUAUUCAACAUUAGUUUCACUAUUUGACUUAGUUUAGCUAAUAAUGUGGAUAUGUAACUUGCAUUUCUUUAAAUUAUUGUUCAGCCCAAAUAACCGAAGUGUAGUUUUUGGUACCCAAAUUUGUAGAAAUAGUCAAACCCUCCUGAGUCAAUUGUUAGGGAAGCUCGGGGGUGGGUGGGGGCUUAUAUGAAAAUGUUUUGAGAGAAGAUUCUCUGGACCAUGGUCCAGCUGCACCUAUGGUCCACAUCGUUAGAUCUAAGGACAUGGGCAUCUAUGUAUGGGCCAGAUUAGUAGAGAUGGUGAGCAUUUAUGCUAAUAUGGAUUACUGACUGUCCUUAGAGUUUGGACCAUAAGGGUUGCCCAUUAAAAUUCAUGCCAAAGACGUCUCGAUACAUGCCAAUUUGCUAUGUGGAUGGGUUUGCACUGCUGCCAAACAGCCAAAGCACACUGCAUGCAUGGCAGCAUGCUAAUGUGAGAAAAUGCGGUACCUACUUUUGAUUAGAUGGCGCUAUAUACUUAUACUUUGUUUACGUUGGCACUAUAACAGAAACCAUAUUUUUUAUUAGUGUCCAUAUUUCCUCUCAUGUUCCAGUGAAUAUAUUACUCAUGUGUUUUCGCUUUUCAGAAAAUUACAAAAAGGUGUCAUGGGAGAGAAAAUCAAACAUAUACAGUAAAUUUUUAGGAGCAGAAUCUACAAUUUCCUAUUUGUGUUCCAGUGAAUAUCGCUGAUAAUUUUACAAUCUUAAAGUACAUCUAUGUGGUAUGUCUAUGCUACAUUUUUGGCAAUUGUCAAGGGAAAAUCCAGAGAUAUAAAAGUUUUUAAUUUCUAGAAUAGCAGGUGGAUCAUCAAAAACAUAUAUUUCUGCCCAUUAGAGGCAUUCAUCUUGUAAUUAGUAGUAACUUCUCCAUAGUUAUGACAAUAAAAAUGAAUGCGAUCACAGUAGCUAUAUGCGAUGACCUUGGUCGAGUUAGUGCUAGAUACAUCCAUUUGAGCGACAAGUAAUUAGGGACGGAGGGAGUACUGCCUAUGUGAUUAAGGUCUUAUGAGCUUACUACCCAGUAGCAUGCCCAUUAUGCAACAUGGUCCAGUAGAACACUGUUGUAUGUUUUUACUAAGUUUUUUUGGGAGGUGGGUGGGGUUUAUAUUUGGUCCUCAAGCGGGACAGGAGAGUGAAGCUGUCUUUAUUAAAAAAAAUGUUUACAUGGAAAUGAUUCUUUAAAUUGAACUUCAACUUUAGUUCCACUAUUUAACAAAGCUAACAAUGAUGAUAUAUAACUUGCAUUUUUGAUUUAUUGUUCACCCCAGAUAAUCCAGGCGUAGUCUUACGGUAUCUAAAGCUGUAGAAAUAAUCAAACCGUCCCAUAGUGUUUUAGGACUUACAUUGGGUCGCUGAGUCAAUUGUUGGGGAAACUCGUGGAAAACACUAGUAAGGGAUGACUUAUAUUAAAAUGAUGUAGUUUGACUAUGUCAGUUUUCUGGGUGGGUGAGUGGGUGGGUUGGUGGGGGUAUUCAUAUUUUUUCCAUGAAAGGGGGACAGCUGGGCAGGAGGCUGAAGCUAUCUUUAAGUACAGAAGAAUACACUGUCCAUCCCUUGAUGUUGAGAACAGCAACUCAGAGAGUUUGUGGUACAGCUUCAAACUGAACUAUUUUCUGCCGGCCCUUUUGUUUUCCAGUUAUAAGCCCCAGACCACCUUCUUGGUUUAUGUUCCUUCAUUAGGCUUUCUGGACAAGUAUAGCGCCAAGGUAACAGCUUCGCAAGAAAGGUGCGAGUUUAGCCCAGAAUUCUGUUCCAAGCCCUUCCAGUUUGUUCAUGACCUUCAGGAUCAUCUUAUAGUUUUGCCACCACCUCUCGCCAAAAGAUGGGAGGCUACUACUGCUUGUUUCCCUGCUUGCUCGUCUGCUUUCUGCUCCACACACUUGGCAGCCACUCCCUGAAUCAGACAUGCAAUCCCACUGACCUGGAGGCGCUUCUCUCCUUUUCCAGCAGCUUGGAUAGGAAGGGCAGCAGGCUUGUCGGGUGGGGUCCCAACGACACAGCGUGCUGUUCUUGGACCGGCGUCUCUUGUGAUCUUGGGAGGGUUGUUGGGUUGGAUCUCUCCAACAAGAGCCUUCAUGGCGGCAUCUCCUCAGCAAUCAGCUUGCUUGAUGGCCUUGUGACUCUAAACCUCUCUGGCAACUCUCUCCAUGGUCAGCCACCGGUUGGGCUUGGCCGGUUAGCAAGGAUGCGGAUUCUCGACCUCAGCAUGAACAUGCUCUCCGGCGCGUUCCCGACGAGUGAACACGGCUUCCCAGCGAUUGAGGUUGUGAAUGUCUCCUUCAACCAAUUCAAGGGACCACAUCCUGUGUUCCCUGGCGCAAUGAACCUGACGGUUCUUGAUAUCUCGAGCAAUGCCUUUUCUGGUGGCAUCAACAUCAUGGUCCUCUGUGUUGCGCCGGUCAAGGCCCUGCGAUUUUCCAGGAAUAAGUUCACCGGUCAGGUCCUCACCGGCUUCGGCCAGUGCAAGAUGCUUACUGAGCUCUCUAUUGACAGCAGUGGCCUUACCGGAAACCUCCCCAGCGACCUUUACACUAUAUCAGAGUUGAGGAGGCUGAGCUUACGAGAUAACCUGCUCUCUGGUAAUCUCGGCGAGAACCUGGGUAACUUCUCUCAGCUUAUCCAUAUUGACCUGUCAUAUAACAUGUUCCGUGGCAUCAUCCCUGACAUGUUUGGAGGUUUGAGGAGGCUGGAGUUCUUAAACUUGUGCUCAAAUUUGUUAACUGGCACAUUGCCUGCUUCCCUGUCGAGCUGCCCAAUGCUGCGAGUGAUCAACCUAAGGAACAACUCGCUGUCGGGCAAGAUUACCAUUGACUUCCGUUUAUUACCAAGGCUGAUCGUUUUGGAUGCAGGGGCCAACAUGCUGAGUGGUCCUAUACCUCCAGAUCUCAUGUGGUGCACUGAGUUGAGGACACUGAACCUUGGAAAGAACAUGCUUGAUGGGGACAUAACAGAGAGCUUUAAGAAUUUGCGAUCCCUGUCGCACCUUUCGCUUGAUCGUAAUGGCUUCACCAACUUGUCAUCCGCAUUACGAGUCUUGCAGCACCUGCCCAAACUGACAACUUUGGUGCUCACCAAGAACUUCCAUGGUGGUGAGACCCUGCCUAUGGAUGGCAUCAAUGGGUUUAAGAGCAUGCAGGUGUUUGUUUUGGCAAACUGUGCGCUCUCCGGCAUGAUUCCGCCUUGGCUGAAAAGUAUGGAGAGCCUCAGAGCGCUGGACCUUUCAUGGAAUAAGUUGAAUGGAAAGAUCCCACUAUGGUUGGGCAAUCUCAAUGAUCUCUUCUACGUCGACCUGUCAAACAAUUUGUUCAGUGGGGAGCUGCCUGAGAGCUUUACACAGAUGAAGGGUUUAAUUUCAAGUAAUAGUUCGAGUGAGCAUGCAUCAAUGGAGGAUUUCCCAUUAUUUAUCAAGAAGAAUUCAUGUAAUAAAGGUUUGCAGUACAACCAUGUCAGCAGCUUCCCGCCGUCGCUGAUCCUGUCCAAUAACUUGCUUGUUGGGCCAGUCUUGUGGGGCCUUGGCAAUCUUGUGAAGCUUCAUGUGUUGGACUUGGGCUGGAAUAACUUAUCGGGGUCAAUUCCUGAUGAGUUGUCAACCAUUUCAAGCUUGGAAGAGCUAAAUUUAACCCACAAUGGCCUCAGUGGGAGCAUACCAGAAUCUCUAGCAAAGUUGACAUUUCUCUCCACGUUUGAUGUCUCGUACAACAACCUGACUGGACUAAUCCCAGCAGGGGGUCAAUUUUCCACAUUCACAAAUGAGAAUUUCGUGGGCAAUGCUGGACUAUGCCUUCGUUGGAAUGGCCCCUGCUUUGGAAAGGCUCCAUUUGAAGAAGGAAGUGAUGGCACCGAUACCAUAUCCGCAAUGCUCACGAUGACAUACAUCACUGUGGAAGUGGGAUUCGCUUUCGGGCUUUUGACUGUCUGUAACAUACUGUUCUUCGCAAGGGCUUGGAGGGCCGCAUAUUUUCUGGCGGUCGACAGGUUCUUUGAUAAGCUCUAUGUAAUGACAAUGGUGAAGGUGAACAAGCUCACAAGAAUUUGGGAGGAUAAAGAUCAUCUUUAGAACAAGUCAGACAUUGCUCUUUGCAGGUCCUAUCUAGGGGGCUUGUGUGCAAAUGUUCUUUUUACUUUAUAUAUGCCGUCUCCUUUUUCUCAGCUUAUUAUAGUGUCUUCCUUGCUACCACCUCAGGUGUCAUUAGGUGGAUAGAUUCAGUAGCAGGGGUCAUAUGGUUAGAUCUUGAAUUCCUCUUCAUGCUGAGGGCAAUAUUGUUUGUGAUAUGUGUUGAUACAACAAAAUUUAUGAACUGUGUGGUGGGUGCUAAU